AGUGAAAACUAAAUAGAUAAGACAUGAAACGGGUCUUUCUGGGAGGAAAGGCUCCGUUCUCCUCGCUGGCGCUCAGUCCACUGCAUGCAGCGUGCGGAUCCCGGCAUUUGCCGUAUAAAUGAGUCAUCAGCGGCGGCCGCAGGCUGCGUGCAUCUCGCAUCCCACGCUCUGCAAGCGGCCUCAGCUCUCACUUCCCCCAGUCGUGUAAGGUGGGGAGGGGGAAGUUGGGAGUUGGAAGGGGGACCAUAUCUAAGUGCGUUUUAAUUAGGGUACAUCAGAAACGCGCCGCUUCACGUGCGAUGCGCGAAGCCACCCGGCGCUCCCCCUGUUGGUGAGGGAGCACCAUUGCAGGCUCGACCUGUACACUCGGCGCCCGGCUUCUCCGAUCUCAUUCUCUAGAAGAUGGCGGACGGUGCAUCACUGCUGGAUGAGGAGCUCUCUUCCUUUGUCUUCAAUUACUUGACAGAAAGCUCCGGGAGCCAGAACGGGGAAGGAGAGGUCAGCUCGGACCGCCUGGAUGUGGACUUCUCCGACAUUGACCUUUCUCAGCUGGACGCCAGUGACUUUGACUCUGUCAGCUGCCUCAACGAGCUGCACUGGUACAACGACCAAUCAGAUGGCUCCCCCACCUCCACCCAGUACAGCACCGGGGACCCAGAGUUCUUUGAGAUUGAAGAGGAAAAUGCAGCCCUGCUGGCUGCACUCACAGACAGCCUGGACGAGGUGGGGGGGCUGGGUGUGUUCCCCUCACUGGGGGAGGGGCUUGAGGAGGAGGAGGAGGAGGAGGAGGAAGACCUCCCCCAAGACAAUGAGCCCUUCCCAGGCUCCUUGAGCCCAGAGACAGAAGAUCCGUCUCUAGUAAGAACCCUUCCUUGCUGUUUAAGGUGGAUUGCCUUUAAGUGUGCCAAGAGUGAGGUCGCCAUCUGCUGGUGGCUGGCUAUCAUGGCACACCAUCCCUUGUUGAUGGAACAACGGCUGACUUGCCUCUCUGAAUGGGAGUAUCCCUUCUUGUGUGCCGGGCAGGGCGACAGCGUCUGGGAGAGGAAGCCCCGGCCCCCACGGCCGGCGGGCCGUCCCUGUUCCGAGCUGCACCGCCACCUGAUCACACUGCAGCAGGUGGGCGAUGCGGCCUCAGUCGACACGGAGGAGGACAGCGAGUCCGACCUUGAGCGGGACGACCAGGACGAGUCGUCGUCGGGCAGCGAGGCCGAGAGCUGCGCCUCCUCAGAGGCGGCGGAGUCACAGUUUUCCUCAGAGCAGGAGCUGCGUGGGGUGGUGGAGCUCAUCACGUACAUGCACACAUACUGCCUGCCCAGCCGCAAGCACGGCGCUGGGGUCCGGCCCGAGUGCCCCCAGAGCCGGCCGUCUGCAGCCUGCCCCAGACCGCCGCCCCUGGCCGUCCCUGGCUCCCGCACACGAGUGCCCUUGGCGCGUCCACGGGAAUUCAGGCGACACUCGCUGCUCCGGGAGCUCCUGGAGGCCGUCAAGACGUUUGACGUGAGCAAGCCUUACAGACUGCAGAGCCCGCCGUACUCCCAUGGCAGGCCCAUGGCCCCAGACAGGAAGUCAGAGGGAGUGCCCCAAAGCGAGCUCAAGGACUCCGGGGCCCCCGAGGCCACAGCGGGGCAGCGCUCCUCCUCAGGGGAUACCUCCUUCUCCGUCAGGCGCUCCCGACGCCUUGCCUCCUUCCCCAGCCGCUUCGCCAGGAAGUCCCAGGUGGGGCCCGGCCGCCCACGGGCGGAGUCUGUUACCGGGCGGUGCUGUGAGGAGGCGGGACCGGCCAAGCUUCGCUGCACGAAGCUUCCUGCCAAAGAGACGCAGUGUGGUGGUGGAUCCUGCAAGGCUGUGGCCCCGAGGACGGCCCAGCUCGACUCGCCGUACAGCCAGAAUGAGAAACGGUCCCAGCUGUGCCUGCCGCUGGCCCCCAAAUCCACAGGAGUGCCGCAGUACCCCAGCAAACCUUUCGAGCAGAACCUCAGCGUGGAGCUGUGUGGGACCGCAGGCCUCACGCCCCCUACCACCCCUCCACAUAAGUCCGUGGAGGACGAGCCCUUCAGGCCGGAGGGCCGUGCAGAGGGACCUCCCCGUGGGUCCUGGCUGUCCAGGGCACACCCCCGGAAGCUUCUGGAGCAGACGGAGCUGUAUGCCCAGCUGCGAGGGAUUAGCCAGCCAGAUGCAGAGGGACGGGCACAGGGGCCCGUCCACCGUACAUUUGGGGACCACGAUUACUGCUUACAGGGGCUGGCAGGGAAGGAGGGCGGGGCUCGGGGGCGGCCCUACGGUGGGCAGCUCCGGCCCGAAGACCUGCUUACCUCCAACGCCCUGGACAGCCACAGUGGGGAGGGGGAAUUGCCCCACUCGCCCCAGAACACUGAAGGGAGCUCGACCUGCCCCAGCCCGGACCACUGCUGCCCCCCCGACUCUCCUGGCCAGCUGAGCUUCAGCCGCGAGGACUCGGAGACGGGUCCUGGAGAUGAGCAGAGCAGCCAGGCUUUCGACGAUUGCCAGGUGUUCUACAUCCACAACCUGCCUUGCGGCGUCACCCGGGCGAUGCUGUGCGAACGGUUCGAAGCGCUGGGGGAGCCUCGGGACUGCAAGAUCAUCGUCAAGGACAGGGAGAGGUGCGGCGUGGUCACCUUCCGUCAGCCCCCAGGUGGCUCCGUGCAGAGGCACCGGUGGGAGCUUCCCCCCCGGAAUGGAUCACCACGGAAGUUCAGCAGGAAGCGCUACAUCGAUCUAGAUGAAGCGGGACCUGGACCAGUGAAGAGUAAGUACGACGCGCUGGACUUCGACACCCUCUUGAAGGAGGCGCAGAGGAGCCUGCAUCGCUGACACGCCUUAAAGCCCCACCCUUAAGACUGGCGCCAGGACGUCAGUCAGGGCACCACCUAAUGUUUACAUUUUUAACAUCGGAACCAGAAGCGGACCGUCACCUCCUUCGCAUGGGGGUCUGAGAAAGGCGGACUCAAGGACGGGGGGGUGGGAAAAAGCCUAAAAACUAAAGUACUCUGAACUGCAGAAAGCUGCUUUCUGUGUCUGAGUGUGAUCGCACCCCGGUGGCGAGCCGCCCGUCCUCCCAUUGGUCGUCGUGCCGUGCGUGUGUGUGUGUGUGUGUGUGCGUGUCGUCCCGUCUGUAACCCCGUAGUCAGUACUGGUGGAGCCGCAAGCCUCAUUCGCCAUUUAGUCGUCGUCGUCAUGUGUGGGGAAAUUCUAAAGGAAAAAAAAAACGCUUUACAUGGCAAGCCGUGGGUGUAAAACUGUGUUUCACAAGAAAAGAAAAAAAAGACAACUUAGAGUUUACAGUUUAAAAGAAGAAAAAAGCCCUCGUUUUGUAAACUUAGCGCUUCCUUGAUUUCAUCUAUGCACUUGUCCUGAGGUGAUGGUUUUCUUGCUCUUGAUCUUCCGCCAUUGACCCCCCCCUCCCCCCAUGCCGCCUGUGAAUCGGACCCGUCCUGACUGCGCCCCCUUACUCCCUGCGUAAAGAUGACAGGCUGCAGUCCCGGUGAGGGACCCUAACUGCUCUUUCGGGAUGGACUGUUACCUCCUAAAGAAAUGGCAAUUAAAAUGUGCCCCAUUUUCACAGCAAUUAAAACAUGGCCAGUUUUUAAGCAAUUAUCAUGAUUUUUUUUUUUGUUCUGACUUCUGUUCUAGCCUUUUUGCCAUUUUUGAUGUUUGUUUCUUAGCACUUAACGCAAUAACGAAGAUCCAGUAGGCGAAUUACUCAAAGUGUGUUUCUGAAGGUUUGCACUGUAGCACAGUGUUGGGGAGCUCAGGGCACAACGCUGGUGUUUUUGUUGUCUGGAGACCCUAUUAAUGACAAGUAUUAAAAGCAUCAGCUGUUGUCCAAAGAAGCACUUAACCUGUCGCCCGAACGUGACACCUGUCAUCUUUACACUCGCAGGACCUGCACUACUGGGCAAAAGUUUUUCCACACCACAGGUUUUUACUGCUUCUCCAUUUAUUUCAGAAACUGCAGAUUUUCUUAUUCUUGUUAAGCACUGGAAAGUUGAGUGAAGAACUAUAAAUGAAAAUAUAAGUCAAAUAAAACAAGUUUCCUUUAUAUCAUAGAAAGAGAAUGUAACAGUGCAUGUCUGACAUCCUAUUAACUGGUUGUGUGGUGAUGGCAUAGUCAAAAUCUAGGCUGUCCUUUAACUUUAAAUGUAUUAGUUAACCGUUUCAUUCCAUGAAGUAGAGCAGUGUUUAAUGUCCCUUGUAGAAAGAAUGCCUUAAAUUUUCUCUGCUGCUAUAACUGCUAGAGAAGGUUAUUUUGAUGAAUCAAAGAUAUGACAUUUUCUUGCUAAUAACGGUACUCAAAUGGUGAACAUACUGUAAAUUUAUUUCUUAGCAAAGAAUAUCAAGUGUAUUUUAGUAAAUGUUAAGUGAGUAACAUGCAAAUGUAGAAAAUCUGUGUGUGUGAAAGAACUUUUGACUAGUAGUAUAGUGCCCUACGUUUAGGCUGUUGUCCCAUAGCCGCCCCCCCCGCCCCGUAAUAAUCCCUUGCAGCCUCGCUGAGCGGGUCAGCCACAUGGUGGCAAGCUGGGAGCGUCGAAAUGUUCUGGAAGUCUCGUUCCUAGAGGAAACAGAGGGGUAUCUACCUCGUUGUUCUCGCUCUCUUUUACUUCCCCUCUCUCUCUCUCUCUCUCUCUCUCUCUCUUUUCUUUUUUUCUUUUUCUCUGUGGGCUCGAAGCACUUGCCUCAUUGAUAAACUCUAAUGUUUGCGUCUGAUUUUGACACUUAACCUUGUCUGGGUGUGUUGUUUUUGUGUUGUGGUGUGUCAGUCGCUGCUGUUGCCGGGGGUCCGGGGGGAGUGGGGGAUAAGCCUUGUUCUCCCCCACCCUUUGUUAAUCUUCAGUCCUGUGAGCCCCGGUAGGAUGCAGUUUGACCCUGUGGGGGGGGGGCUGUCACGGCAGGGCCCCCUCUUUCCACUUUCUACAACUUCUCUUCCUUAACACACGUGAAUCGAAUGUUUACAUCACAGCACCCCCCUACGUGCUAGAGCGCACGCUAAGCACACAGCGGCACGUUUGGCGGCACAGAAAACCUCACGGCCCGGCUCCCUGGCUUCAUGGGUAAACCACCGGCCCCAACGUAAAGUGCGCCCUCUGCUGGUGCCACCCAGGAGAAACGCAGAAUUGUUCCUCCUACUGCGCCUAACGGGUGUUUGUGCUUAAUGUGCGGACUAGUUAACGGCAGGUGGACGUGCAGGUUUACAUGAUUUAACCUUGUUCUAAUGGCUUAUAAGAUGUCUAUGGAGAUCCACACCGGGAUUCGUUGUGGCCGUGCGUUUGGCAGCCAAUCCCCGUGAGGGGGUGGGUCACUCACUGUUCAUCUGGGGACUGCAGAGAUGGCAAUGGGCAGGAGGGAGAUGCUUUAAGGGAAUUCUAGGGAGUACUUGGGGGGUACCCUAAGUCAAUGGGAGAUUUUUAAAUGAGUUUAAUGUUUUUUUUAUUUUUUAACAGUACAGAUGCAAUAUGUGAUAACGAGUCAGCCUUGCCAGCCAGUGGGAGGGGAGAAGCUUGUCCAGACAUUCUUUAACAGAAUGGUUCUCGAUUGUAUUGGUAACAGACUAAUGCGGGUAAAUAUCACACGUGAAUCAGUGCGGUGUUUCGUCCAUUCCCACAAUGCAACUGGGCGUCCCACAAAGUCAAGGCCUGUGUGUCUGUGCGUUUUUAAGGCUUCCACUUAAGCUGGGUUAGAAUGGCAUUGACUCCUGUUCGUUUGCGGGCGUUUGAACGGACGCCGUGGUCCAGAACGGCCUCUUGCUAAACUCCCAGCAGCUCCUCCUGCAGAUCAGGAUGAGGGGAAGCGGGUGGCCAGAUUUGAGCCUAUUUCAGGUUGUUGGACUGGUUUCUUGCCAGGGGUUACUGUUGAGCUGGUGGCUGGAUACAGAUAAACAGUUAAGAAUCUCACAAGGAGAGCCUUAAAGCUACAGGGGGAAAUAAAGCUGUCGGUAGCUUUUAAUAAUACAGUUAAAUGUCCUUUAAAAUGCUACGUGUUUUAUUAAUUACUGAAGUAAUUUUCAAUACAGCCAUAUUAUAAACAGUAUAUACAUAUAUAGAUAUAUUUGUGUGUGUGUAGAUAGAUGUAUAGAUGAAUAUAUAAUUUCAUAUAGAAACCUUUGACCAUUUCCUCCAGUGUUCUGAGCACUUUUCAGCAAAUUUUAAUGACUAACUAAAGUGUUGGGUGGAGGAAUCCAAACCUGAACACUUCCAAAGGGAGCCAGACUCUUUAGAUCAGUGUUUCUCAAUCCGGUCCUUGGGGACCCACAGAUGGUUCACGUUUUUGCUCCCUCCCAACGUCUUGCCAGAUAGUCAGCUGGGCGAGAGCAAAAACAUGGACCGCCUGCGGGACCCCGAGGACUGGACUGCGAAACACUGCUUUAAGUAAUGAUUAAAAAGGUGUCCAUGCUUUUCACUUCAAAACGGUUGUUUACCAAAAAAAACACGGAUCUGGGCUGCCACACCGGAGCAGUUUACACGUGUCAGACUGUUUGGCUUUCAGUUUCCAUCCAGUGCCAGCGAUCCAAAUCAGGCCUCCAGUGAUGGGCCUGGUUCAGUUUUCCCAGCCGUCUCCAUAGUGCUGACACUGUAGACUCCUCCCUCUAAAUCAGAGCUGCUUUUUCGAAUGUUAAGCGUUGUGGUACGCGACCGGCCUCACGACUGCCAAGCGGAGUCGCUCUUCCGUUGACUCGAUGUCAGCACUUAAUCAUGCCAUCCUGUGCGCUCUCAUGUCCUAUAGAACUUUCCACGGAUUGGCAGGCGUCCGAUUGUGUUUUCCACUGAUCAUAUCUAAUAUCCACCAAUCAUUGCCCGAUUUUUUUUUUCCUUUUUUUAAGAAACUUUGUUUUGUUAUAAAGUAUUUGGCUAGUAAGAUUUUAUAUUUUUUACAUACAUUGGUUUAUUUUGCUUUUUAUUUAUAUGCUGUUUAGUUUGGAUCCUCCUCUGUUGUGUGAUUUCAUGUCUUGAGAAUGUGGAGACAAAGCUUUUCUGUAUUUUUGAAUUGUUAAAAUCUAGUUUCAUAGAUAAUUUUACCAAAAUAGCUGAAAUUAUCUGAUGUUAUAAAUUAUAUUUUAAUUCAUGUAAAUAGUUUUAAAAAGACUAUGGCUUCCUUUUAAACUGAGUAUGUUUCUCUUGAGAAAUUGUUUACAUUAUUAAAGUAUAGAGAUGUUCCUCAUUUACUGUAAAAAGUACAUAUAUUCAUUGAUUUGCCUUCAGAGAAUAAACAUCCUAAUGAACAACA